UCUCCAGGCCCCAAGAACAAGAAGGGCGUGGGGGGUUAGAGACACUUUAUUAUAUAGACUGGAAACAUCAUGCUAGCUAGACAUUCCUUUUGUAUCUCCUCGGCUUCUUCUGUAGCUUCUUUUAGCAGGUCCGAAACAAGAAACAGUACUUUCAAUGACUGCCCUUCCCUUGUAUUGCUCCGGGAUGUAUCACCGUCUCCUCCUGAAAAGCUCCGUUGGCCCUCCGAAAGUCCCUUAUGCUCACUCCUACGGAGAUUAUCAGGUGGCGAUCUGUCGAGGUCUAGAACGGCUCGGCUAAGAUGCACAUGCAUUAAAUUAAGUACGUACUGUACUGUUGCCAGCCGGGCUUUGCACCUGCAUGUACCUUGAGUUGUAUAUUGUUUACAAGACCAUAAAAAGCCUGGUUGCUGCCGAUUCCCAACCUCACGCACCGCUCUCCCCACGUCUCUCACCUCCGCUCUUAAUAUAGCGCCUCGGUAAACAAUACACCGACACUCCCUCAAUCAGCUGCCCUCUCUGUUCCAGUGCAUUUGUUUUUUGAACCCCCGCGCCUAAGAUGACCGAAUCAACCCAACUCGUCUACCAACGAGACGGGGAGCGGCUAGUCCAUACCGCCAAGGUCUUCUCCGUCGUUCCGGUGUCUGACCUCGCCGAAUCCGACCAAGCUCUCGUCAAGGACGCCCCAGAGAUCGAGCACGCCGUCAUCACGGACUCCACAAUCUUCCACGUUCAGGGCGGCGGCCAGCCCUCAGACAUCGGAACCAUGACCGCCCCCUCCGAUGCGGCACCCGCCAACGCGGACUCGACUUUCGAGGUCAAGUCGGUCCGCCAGCCGGCCCAGGGCAACCAGAUCCUCCACUUCGGCCGCUUCGUCCCUGCCGAUGCCGCCCCGACCUUCGACGCGGGAGGCGAGCUCCAGCAGCACGUCGACGCCGAGAAGCGCAACUUGCACUCGCGCCUGCACACCGCCGGCCAUGUCAUGAGCCUCGCCAUCCACGCGCUGUGCCGCGAGGGCGUGCUGCCGCCGCUCAAGGAGUCCAAGGCCUCGCACUACCCGGACUCGGCCGCCGUCGUCUUCAUCGGCACGCUCGACGGCAAGCACAAGGACGCCAUCCAGGCCAAGACGGACGAAUUCGUGCGCUCGGCCAGCCCCGUCAGGAUCCACUGGUGGCCCAUGGAGGAGCUCCUCGAGAAGUGCCACGCGAGCGAGGGCUUCGCGCUGCCCGAGGGGGAGACCGUCGGCCGCGUCGUCGAGAUGGAGGGUCUAGGAAGCUACCCGUGUGGUGGGACGCACGUUCAGGACUGCAGUCAGGUGGGCAAGAUUGAGGUGAAGAAAAUCUCGCGCUCCAAGGGAACGAGCAAGGUGUCUUACCGCGUCGCAUAGAAGGGGCGGCUAUGGGUUUUUGCCAAAGACUCGAAUAUCAGGUUCAGGGGCUAUCGUCGGCUUUUGGGAGCGCAAAAGAGUCUUACGGACGACAUCUCUGCCAGGAUGCUUGUAGUGGGUGUAUUUUUAACCCACAGAACUCCAAAAAAGGUCUGACUUGGGAAUAAAAAAAAAAGGUUUGAUACGUGAAAGAUAACCAGUUGCUCCAUGUCAUCAGGGCCAUACGUCUUGUUA